CUCGGAACCAUUUAACAGUUCCUAGUUCCAGACGGAUUUAUAUUCCGGACGGAUGCUGUUGCCACAGGCGUUGUUUUGACUUCAACAAGCUGCUUUUCUCUCAGGUCUUGCACAAAACAUGGUUCUCUGUAUUCGAUAACACCGAAGAGCAAGAUCAACAAUGUGCCAACAACUCAACAAAUAGUUGACUUGGUUAUCGACAACAUCACAAAACCUUGCCAACAAAAUACGGAGAGGAUUAUCAUCCCUGUGGACGACGAGCAUAUCAAAUCAUGACAGCGUUCUGACAACCCUGCGACAUCUUUUGAGAUGUUCGGCUUCUCCAGAAAUAUAACGAGACUGUUCACAUUGGUUAACUCAUAAUGUCUGAACGAUAUCCUUUAGCGGAGAAGGCGAUGUCGGAGGGAUUCGCUCGUCUCAGGUUCAAAGACACAUCGCUGCUUAUCUGGCAGCAGCAACAGAUGGAGCUCGAGAAAGCGCCACCGACCAACUACCUGAGCCGCAGUCGGAGCUCCUUGUACAGUCAGUUCGGCAACCAGGCUGUGGUGAUACGAGACAAAACCGAAGCCCAAGAAUCCGACAGCAGCGGACAAUCCAGAAUCUGUGCGGUUAUGUGACAGUGUUGUAUUUGCGGAUGGUCCUCUGUACACAUCUGAGUGUUACUGUUAAAUGAUAUCUUGUUGUUCUCGAUUUAAACUGUGUUACAUGUCGUUAGUUAAACAAUUAUGCAGUAUUUUGACAUUUCCAUAGUGAACAGGUUUUGAGUUGAUCUAUUUUUACACAUUUUAAGACCGCAGUAUUAUACUUGAACCUAUUUUAGAAAGAAGCAAUAGCAAAAGACACCGCUAUGGGUUUUUUGUGGUUUAUUUACGAAAAACGAAGGGGCUCAGUGUCCAAAUCUCAGUUUAGCUUAUACAUCAGAUAUCACCAUGUAAGUCUGUCCCAAAACAUACUUGUCAACUUGAACUCAAUAUAUGUAGCGCUACCCAUUUUAAAAUUUGACUCGAAUGACAUUUACAUGUUAUAAACUGCUCAAAAAAGUUAAGAAAUAUACUGUAAAUUAGCAUGCAAUACACAAAUGUUUCUCAUAAAAAAGAACUCGAAUAUUUAGACCCAAGACAGAGAUGAGGAAUAAGUAGUGAAUAUACAUUUAUCUGUAAUUAUAUAUCCUAUGCAUUUUUAUA